UGUAUACAACCACGCGGUAAUUACGCCACUUUAUAUUAUUAUAUAUGUGUGUGUUGGAACUUCGAGUGAUCAGCUUCCUGGCUCCAUACACAUUUUGCAUCGCUUCACAAAUAUGGAGGUAUUGUUCAUUUUACUCUCAUCCGCCUUCAUCUUGUUUCUUAUCCACAGAACUAGAACCAGAGCACAUCUUCUUCCACCAGGUCCUCCAAGUCUUCCUCUCAUAGGCAAUCUUCACCACAUUCCUAGCUCUGCUCCACAUCGCUUCUUAUGGCAUCUCUCCAAGCAAUAUGGCCCUCUUAUGUUCCUGCGCUUUGGCGUCAAGCCCACCAUUGUUGUUUCCUCUGCCAGAAUAGCCAGACAAGUCAUGAAAACCCACGACCUCGUAUUUGCUAGCAGACCGUCGUUGCUUGGUCAACGGAAAUUGUCCUACGAUGGCUUAGAUCUGGCUUUCACUCCCUACAGUGACUACUGGAGAGAAAUGAGAAAAUUGUGCGUCCUCCACUUGUUUAGCUCUCGACAAAUCCGCUCCUUUCGUCCCAUUCGGGAAGACGAGGUUGCGCGAAUGAUUCGAAAUCUGAUUGCUUUCGGGAAAAGGUACGAGGUGGAAGACGAAGGGCGUGAGAGGAGUAGAUUUCAUGGGCUGUUGAACGAAGCUGAGGCUUUGUUGGUGGAAUUUUAUUUCUCAGACUAUCUGCCAUGGUUGGGGUGGGUUGACAGACUCAGAGGACUUGUCAGUCGAUUGGAUAAGACCUUCAAGGAGCUUGACUUAUUCUACCAACAAGUCAUCGACGACCACCUGAAUGCAACGACAUCGCCAACCGACCAGCAAGACAUCAUCGAUAUCUUUCUUCAAAUAAAGGAUGCUCAUUCAUUGUCGUUUGAUGUCACUUUCGAUCACAUCAAAGCUCUGCUUAUGAAUAUAUUUAUAGCAGGAACAGACACAAGUGCGGCAACAUUAGUUUGGGCGAUGACCUCAUUAAUGAAGAAUCCCAGAGUAAUGAAAAAAGUACAAGAUGAAAUCAGAAACUUGUAUGGCCAGAAAGAAUUUAGCGAAGAAGAUAUUGAAAGGCUUCCCUAUCUCAAAGCUGUGGUGAAGGAGACUCUAAGACUGUUUCCACCUACGCCCUUACUGCUACCAAAAGAGUCCAUGGACAGGUGCAACAUAGAAGGGUACGAGAUUCAACCAAAAACUCUGGUUUUGGUGAAUGCAUGGGCUAUAGGGAGAGACCCUGAGACAUGGGAAGAGCCAGAACAAUUUUAUCCAGAGAGGUUCUUCAACUGUUCAAUAGACUUCAAAGGCCAAGACUUUGAGCUGAUUCCUUUUGGAGGUGGUCGCAGGAUUUGCCCAGGGAUGCACAUGGCUGUGGUCACAGUGGAGCUUGCACUCGCUAAUCUUCUUCACUCUUUUGAUUGGGAAUUGCCUGCUGGUAUGGAUGAGCAAGACAUUGACACAGAAGUCAUACCAGGAAUAGCUGUGCACAAGAAAAACGACCUUUGCUUAGUCAUUAAGAACCCAUAACCGUGCUCACAUGUUCACCUAUUUUCGUGCUGUGUGUGUGCUUGUAAUCCUUCACGGUAUUUAAAAUUGAUCAGUUGUAAACUUUUCUCUUUCGUGCUCACAUGUGGCUGUUCACAGAAUGCAUAAUAGCAGCUUUAUCCAUAAAUGGGAAAAUUUAAUUAUGCUUUCCUCUUA